AUGGUGUCGCCUCCUCCCGGGGCGGCGGCGGUGGCUCGGCCUCGGCUCUGCGUUGGGCCGGCCCCGCGGCCGCUCAUGGGCAGCCAGGGCCGCUCGGGGAUCCCCGGCAACAGCGGGCCGGGAGAGGGCGGGGAGACGAGGGAACUGCAGGAAGCGAGGGUCGUGCGGGGGAAGCGAAGGAAGGGGAAGGGAAAAGCGGGAGCAGGGCAAGGCGGAAGAGGAAGCGGGCUGGAAGGGAAGCCCGUACUACAGAAGGCGCAGGAGGCAGCGGGGUCGGGGACCGAGGCAGAAGCUGGGGCAGGCCCGGGACAGGACUCAGAGGCAGGCGGAAGCGUGGAGGAAGAGGCGAGAAGCAUCGUGAAGGGAGAUGAGGGGAGCGUAGGGGCCGGGAAGGAGGCACAAGGAAGACAUGAUGGGAAAGAGGAGGAACGGAGAGUCAGGACUGGGCGGCGGGAGGAUGCCAGGCCGGGAAAAGCACAGGGACAAGGGGGUCAGGCUUGGGGCGGCAUCGCAGGGACAGGGGCGGCCAUGGCGGCGGCGGCCGAUGAGGAAGCGGCGACUCGGGAGCCCGCUGCCCGGCCGGCUGCGGGGCCAGCGCUCUGGCGCCUGCCGGAGGAGCUGCUGCUGCUCAUCUGCUCCUACCUGGACAUGCGGGCCCUCGGCCGCCUGGCGCAGGUGUGCCGCUGGCUGCGGCGCUUCACCAGCUGCGACCUGCUUUGGCGCCGGAUAGCGCGGGCCUCGCUCAACUCCGGCUUCACGCGGCUCGGCACCGACCUGAUGAGCAAUGUCCCAGUGAAGGAACGGGUGAAGGUGUCCCAGAACUGGAGGCUGGGGCGCUGCCGAGAGGGGAUUCUGCUGAAGUGGAGGUGCAGUCAGAUGCCCUGGAUGCAGCUAGAGGAUGAUUCUCUGUACAUAUCCCAAGCUAAUUUCAUCCUGGCCUACAAGUUCCGCCCAGAUGGUGCCAGCUUGAAUCGUCGACCCUUGGGAGUCUUCGCUGGGCAUGAUGAGGAUGUUUGUCACUUUGUGCUGGCCAACUCACAUAUUAUCAGUGCAGGAGGAGAUGGGAAGAUUGGUGUCCAUAAAAUUCACAGCACCUUCACUGUCAAGUAUUCGGCUCAUGAACAGGAGGUGAACUGUGUGGACUGCAAAGGGGGCAUCAUUGUGAGUGGUUCCAGGGACAGGACGGCCAAGGUGUGGCCUUUGGCCUCAGGCCGACUGGGGCAGUGCUUACACACCAUCCAGACUGAAGACAGAGUCUGGUCCAUUGCUGUCAGCCCAUUGCUCAGCUCUUUUGUGACAGGGACAGCUUGUUGUGGGCACUUCUCACCCCUGAGAAUCUGGGACCUCAACAGUGGGCAGCUGAUGACACACCUGGGCAGUGACUUUCCCCCAGGGGCUGGGGUGCUAGACGUCAUGUAUGAGACCCCUUCUACACUGCUGUCCUGUGGCUAUGACACCUAUGUUCGUUACUGGGACCUCCGCACUAGUGUCCGAAAAUGUGUCAUGGAGUGGGAAGAACCACAUGACAGCACCCUGUACUGCCUGCAGACAGAUGGCAACCACCUGCUGGCCACAGGUUCCUCCUACUAUGGUGUCGUGCGGCUAUGGGACCGGCGACAGAGGGCCUGCCUGCAUGCCUUCCCGCUGACAUCUACCCCUCUCAGCAGCCCGGUAUACUGCCUGCGGUUCACCACCAAGCAUCUCUAUGCUGCGCUGUCUUACAACCUCCACGUCCUGGACUUUCAAAACCCAUGACAGGCCACCCUGCCUGCCAGCCAGGGGAGUCAGCUACUCAGGGACCUCUUUUGCCUGGAGGGCGCAGUGAUACCUCCUCCCACCACCCCUACUGUGCUCCUAGACUUGUGGCUACAGUGUUCAGGCAUCUGAAGCGAGACACAUGGCUUACCCAAAGAUCCAGUGGAGGCACAGGACCUGCUGCCCUGGGAGAAUGCAGCUGAACCCAGGCCUUGCACCCAUCUGACCAGAGCAAGGACCUAACCUGGGAAGGCCAAUCCUGCCACCAUGUCUUCAUAGGGCUGUAGCAGCCACAGAGUGAGGUGGGGCACUCCAGCUUCGCAGCUGGCUCUUUCUGUCCUUCCCUAGAAGGAGAGGUGAGGCUGCCAGUACCCCUGCUGGCACCAGCCAGUCCUCAGAAUCCACCUCUUAGGGCUCAGACCAACCUCUUAGGGCUGUGAGCUCAUUCCUGGAACAACGUGACCUAGUUUUGCUUUGAAGUCAAGAAAGGACAAAAGGAACCUAGCAGUUUCGAGUGAGUUCUGAGCUAGCCCUACCUCAGGCCAGCUGUUGAAACAUGCUACUCUUUUCAUUUUUGUAAAAAUAAAGCUUGAUUGUUCAGACCUGG